AUGAUGUCAUCUGGUGACGACGAAUUGGCUCGCACGGAUACCAUUGAUGGCCCAAUUCAAGAAUCCUCGAAGGAUGCCUCAUGGAAAAGGACCAUAGCACGUCAUCGAAACGAGAUUGCAGCAGCUAUGUUCACUACAGCUGGCCUUACAGGCUCGCUGACUUCCAAGGAUGAUGGUUUAUCGUUUGGUCUCUCUUGGUUCUUCGGGUUGCCCAUUGUAUACGUCCUACUGAGAUAUGUCUGGCUCCGUCUCUGUCGAGACCCCUUUCUUUCACAAAGUGACAGUCUUGUAAGCGUCAGCUGGGAGUCCUUUACAACGUUCCCGCCGGAGCCACAACGAACAGUUCCUACUCUCGUUUUCUGGACUUUCUUGGUGCUAAUAGGUACAGGGGCUGCUAUCUCCGGAACGGCAGCAUACGAUAUGUAUGAGCCAAGCAUAUAUCUCAUCAUUACAUACAAUGGAUUUGGAAGCUUGCUUAUUCUGAUAUGUGCUGUAUGGGCUGUGGAUGGUUUGUACUUGUGCUAUCUCUUUCUUCUGGUUGACAAAAUCCAGGGCAAUAAGGGGGCAGCCCAAGCCUGGUGGUUUAGACAACGCUAUGAGAAUGAUCGAGGUAUAGAUAUUAUGGACACAUCCUUAGACGACGACUCUGCAACCCACGGCAUUAGUCACGGAGAUGAUCUUGCUGAAGAUGACAAUUCUCCAAAUCACCUCCACACAACGAAGAGACAUGGUGCUAAAUGGAGAUCAUGGCUUAUACUUUCACUCUAUGGGGUGUGGACAUACCUAUCAUACGAUGCAGCUCACAGUCCGAACAAGCUUGAGCUCGACAUUCCAGUCCCAAAACUUCCAGAUCAGUGCGACGGAUAUCGACUGGCCAUGGCUUCCGACAUUCAUAUCGGGUCGAUGGUCGCUGCCAAGGAAGCUCAGUGGGCGGUUGACCAAAUCAAUGCCCUCGAUCCAGAUGCUGUCGCGUUGGUUGGUGAUAUUGGCGACCAAUCUGUCAACGAUGCGGUUCGGCAGAAACUGAGACCGUUGGCAAGUUUGCGAGCCCGUGAUGGAGUGUAUAUGAGCUUUGGGAAUCAUGAAAACCAACAAGACAUUAAAGGAUUCCGCCAAGUCUUUCGUCAAGAAUCCCCACUUGCUGAGGCUAUUACUGUCCUUGAGAAUGAACAUGCCAUAUUGACAAAGGGAGACACUGAAGGAUGCUCCAUUGCUCUUGUUGGAAUGGCAGAUUGGAGUGGACACCGAGCCAUGUAUCAUCAUGACGGACAGGUAGCUCCAGACUUUCAACGGGCAAUUCGUGCCACGCCAGGACCAAAUGGCACGACAAUCUUGAAUGAUGAGCCCCUGUCGUUUUCGCUUCCAAUGAUCAUGAUGCAACAUCAGCCAGUGAAUAUGCAAGAAGCAGCUCGAAACGGAGUUGGGCUUCAGCUCAGCGGUCACACCCAUGGCGGGCAAAUCUGGCCACAGCACGUCUUUUUAUUUGGAUACGAUGCCAUUUCAGGCCUUGCCGAAUUUGAUGCUGGGUCUUCACAUGGACCAUCCUACCUUUUUGUUUCCGAAGGUAUGUUCGGUUGGGGACCUCGCCUACGUUUUCUAUCCAAGGCAGAUUUUGCACUCUUGAGACUUCGUACACCAGAGGCAAUGGAGGCUGAAGGACUGAAACCAGAUCUUUACAUGACAGUAGCAACAGGCGCAAUGAUCUUUGCCUUUUUUGUUAUCCCAAUUAGCGGGAUAGUGUGGGUGGUUCCGUUUGUGUACUGGGUCCGCAAGCGGCACGAUCGUCAUCACGAUGCUGAUACUGAUGCUGAUGCUGAUGAUCGACAAUCUGAUCUGGAGCAACAAAAUGAGCUCUCGCACAAGAUGAAGAAACUGGAGAUUGGGGAAGCAUAG